AUGCCAUACAAAAAUAAGAAGAGCGAGGCUGAUAACCAGAGUGAGUUGGAACAAGGCACUAACAGAGUUCUAGGCAUUGAUCGGCCAGAAACACAGGUGGAAAAAAGAUGCUGGGGAACAGUAAUACUCGCUGUAGUACUUUUCAUAUCUUUUAACACUCAACAUAGGGUGAAAUUUCCUCCAGAGUAG